CUUCCAGCUACAGUUUUAUUCUGAGCAUUAGUGAAGAGGAAGCCAGGGUGAAGGCUCUGGACGAGUACCUGAGCACUCGUAGUUAUAUCCAGGGGUUCACAUUUUCACAUGCAGAUGUGGAGGUGUUCAGAAAGUUUUCGGGGCCACCUGGGGACCAGUAUAUCCAUGUUGUCCGGUGGUACAGACACAUAGAAGCAAUCUAUGAUGGCAGCAGUGAAAAAAAUGAGCCUUGUAAACUUCAAACAAGUAAAGGGAAGCGUGUGCAGCCUCCCUGGUCUCCUCCUGAAGGCACAAAACAUUCUAGGCUCUGCCUCUACAACAGCCUGACUCGAAAUAAGGAAAUAUUUCAACCUCAGAAUGGAAAAAAGGUCCUGUGGUAUUGCUGUGGUCCAACAGUUUAUGAUGCUUCUCACAUGGGACAUGCCAGGUCAUACAUCUCAUUUGAUAUCCUGAGAAGAAUCCUGAGGGAUUAUUUUAAAUACGACGUUUUCUAUUGUAUGAAUAUUACAGAUAUUGAUGAUAAGAUCAUCAAGAGGGCAAGACAAAAUUACCUUUUUGAAAGGUAUAGAGAGAACAAAUCAGCACCAGAUCAGCUACUUGAAGAUGUCAAAACUGCCUCAGAGCUCUUUUCAGUUAAAUUAAAUGAGACAACAGACCCAGAUAAAAAGCAAAUGUUGGAAAGAAUUCAAAAUGCAGUGAAGUCUGCUUUUGACCCUCUACAAGAAGCUGUGCAAGCAAAACUCCCUGCAGAAGAGAUCAACAGAUGUCAUGAGAUGCUGCUGGAAGAAGCCAAAGAUUUGCUGUCUGACUGGUUGGACACAAAAUUUGGCAGUCAGGUGACUGACAAUUCCAUAUUCUCCAAGCUCCCCAAAUUCUGGGAAGGGGAAUUUCAUAAAGAUAUGGAAGCACUCAAUGUUUUACCUCCAGAUGUUUUAACACGGGUUAGUGAAUAUGUGCCAGAAAUUGUGGAUUUUGUGAAAAAGAUUGUGGAUAAUGGUUAUGGGUAUGUGUCCAAUGGAUCUGUGUACUUUGAUACCAUGAAGUUUGAUUCCAGUGAAAAACACUCCUAUGCUAAGUUGGUUCCUGAAGCUGUAGGGGAUCAAAAAGCUCUUCAAGAAGGAGAAGGUGACCUGAGCAUCUCAGCUGAUCGUUUAAGUGAGAAGCGUUCUCCAAAUGAUUUUGCUUUGUGGAAAUCCUCCAAGCCAGGAGAGCCCUCGUGGGACUCUCCAUGGGGCAAGGGUCGCCCAGGCUGGCACAUUGAGUGCUCUGCCAUGGCUGGGUCCCUCCUGGGAGAGUCAAUGGACAUUCAUGGAGGGGGGUUUGACCUUCGCUUUCCCCACCACGACAAUGAACUGGCACAGUCUGAGGCAUACUUUGAAAACGAUCACUGGGUUCGGUAUUUUCUGCACACUGGCCACUUAACAAUUGCUGGCUGUAAAAUGUCCAAAUCUUUGAAGAAUUUUAUUACCAUAAAAGAUGCACUGAAGAAACAUACAG